AUGAAUAUUUACGAAGUACAAGAUAAUGAUUAUAAUAAUGAUUACAAUAAUGAAAUGAAUUAUGGAACACCAAAUAAUAGUCAGAAUAACGAAAUGAGUGAAGAAUCAAAUGGAGAUGCUUUAGAAACAUUUGAUUCUGAUAACGCUAUAGAAAAACAUGUUUUACGAGUAUUAAAAAUUCAUGAGAAUUUCGAUGCAUUCAGACUUCUACAAGUUCAAAUUAACACAACGAAUCUUAGCACAUUCAUGUGCCUGUAG